GGCUUAUCCUCAUCGGACCGUAAGCCCAUGAAGAGCUGCUAAGCUCUAGGGUUUCUCGCCUCCUCAUAGACCUCCGCCGCCUCCUCAGUUUUCCCCUGUUGGAAGAGUUCGUGCGAAGGCCAGCACACACCCUCCCAUCCCUCCUCUCCGGCCACAACCCCACCGCCGCCGCCAUGGUGAAGUACUCGAGGGAUCCGUCCAACCCGACCAAGUCGGCCAAGGCAUGUGGCAAGGAUCUCAGGGUCCACUUCAAGAACACACGCGAGACAGCUUUCGCUCUUCGCAGGAUGCCUUUGGGCAAGGCUAAGAGGUACCUUGAGGAUGUUCUCGCUCACAAGCAAGCAAUUCCCUUCCGUAGAUACUGCAGAGGUGUGGGCCGUACUGCACAAGUAAAGAACCGCCAGCCAAAUGGGCAGGGUCGCUGGCCUGCAAAGUCGGCCCAGUUCGUGCUGGAUUUGCUGAAGAAUGCUGAGAGUAACGCUGAAGUUAAAGGCUUGGAUGUCGACAACCUCUACAUUUCACACAUCCAGGUGAACCAAGCCCAAAAGCAGAGGCGCCGGACGUACCGUGCUCAUGGACGCAUCAACCCUUACAUGUCCAACCCCUGCCACAUUGAGCUGAUCUUGUCAGAGAAGGAAGAGCCUGUGAAGAAGGAGGCUGACAACGUCGUUGCACCAAGGAAAGCUAUCUAAGCUAACGGAGUGGCUGCAUUUGUCUGAGAAUCUUAGUUGUAGUUCCUUUCAAGUACCUUUGGUGGCAGUGUUUGUUGCCUCCUAGAUGUUUUUGGUACCAACAUGGAGUAAGGAUUUGUUAAGGUUGAUGCUAUCCUUGUGAUUGCGAAUGGUCUUUAUAUAUGCUAAAACUGUUUCGGAUA